UGUCGGUUGUCAAAGAACUCAUGUAAACAAUCGCUGUCAACGUUUGUAAAAAAAGUCCGUGAAACAUUAAUAAUCGGUAGUCAUCCUCUUAUUAACAGGCGUAUACAUAUUUUUAUAUAAAAAAUAAUAUAAAAUGACUCCUUUAGUAGCUGGCGGUGAUAAUAGUGGAUCGAGACAUGUUGCUUAUAAAGAUAAAAGUAAACCUACCGAUAUUCGUUCAAGUAAUAUUAACGCUGCAAAAGCUGUCAGUGAUGCAAUUCGAACAAGUUUGGGACCUAAAGGGAUGGAUAAAAUGAUUCAAGCUGGGAAUGGAGAAGUAACUAUAACAAAUGACGGUGCUACCAUUUUAAAGCAAAUGAAUGUAAUCCAUCCAGCAGCUAAAAUGCUAGUGGAAUUAUCUAGAGCACAAGAUAUAGAAGCAGGUGAUGGAACAACUUCAGUUGUUGUAAUGGCUGGUUCAUUAUUGAAUGCUGCUGAAAAAUUAUUAUCUCGUGGUAUUCAUCCAACAGCAAUAUCUGAUGCUUUUCAAAGAGCAGCAGCACGUGCAGUUGAAGUUUUAAAUGGUAUCGCCACUCCUGUUCAGCUGGAUAAUCGUGAACAACUUGUAAAAACUGCAUCUACUUCAUUAAACUCGAAAGUCGUAUCUCAGCAGUCUAGUCAGUUAGCUCCGUUAGCAGUUGAUGCUGUCCUGAAAAUAGUAGAACCAGGAAGAGAACAAGUAGUUAAUUUGAGUGACAUAAAAGUUAUUAAGCAACUGGGUGGUACGGUUGAGGAUACUGAACUUGUAGAAGGUUUAGUAUUUCCCCAUCGUGCAGCUAACAUAAAUGGACCCAAAAGAAUUGAACGAGCUAAAAUAGGUUUAAUACAAUUCUGCAUUUCUGCUCCAAAAACUGACAUGGAUCAUAACAUUAUUGUAUCAGAUUAUGCACAAAUGGACAGGAUUUUGAAAGAAGAAAGAGCUUACAUUUUAAAUAUUGUGAAGCAGAUAAAAAAAGUUGGCUGUAAUGUUUUACUGAUUCAAAAGUCUAUCCUUCGUGAUGCAGUUUCUGACUUAGCCUUGCACUUUUUGGAUAAAAUCAAGUGUUUAGUAGUAAAGGACAUUGAAAGAGAAGAUAUUGAAUUUGUUUCCAAAACAUUAGGAUGCAGACCAAUCGCCUCUCUUGAUCACUUUACUACAGAAAACCUUUCAAAUGCUGAAUUGGCCGAAGAGGUUGGGUUUGGUGGAAAUCGAAUGGUUAAAAUUACUGGGAUUCAAAAUCCGGGAAAAACUAUUACAUUGUUGGUGCGUGGAUCAAAUAAAUUGGUUAUGGAAGAAGCAGAGAGAUCAUUACACGACGCGUUGUGCGUUGUACGGUGUCUCGUCAGAAAACGAGCCGUUAUUGCUGGUGGUGGUGCACCUGAGAUAGAGUUAGCACUUAAACUAGCAGCACAAGCUGAUCAAAUCGAAGGAGUAGACUCCAUAUGCCUUCGAGCUUACGCUAACGCUCUUGAAAUUAUUCCUUUCACACUCGCUGAAAAUGCCGGACUUAAUCCGAUCCAGACUGUAACAGAAUUAAGAGCUAGACAUGCAAAAGGUGAAAUUUCUGCAGGUAUAAAUGUCAGAAAAGGAACAAUUACGGACAUAUUAGAAGAGAAUGUAGUUCAGCCUCUUCUAGUGUCAACCAUGGCUAUAACACUUGCUACAGAAACAGUUCGUUCGAUUUUAAAAAUCGACGAUAUUGUAAAUGCAAGAGAUUAGUUCUUUGCAGCAGUUUCAUUUUAAUGCUCUGAAAUUACAUGGGAAACAUGUUAUAAGUAAGCUUUUUUCACUAAUCUUUUUUUGUAUUCUUAAUUUAAAAAUUCACAAAAAUAAUUUCAUGUUUUCUUAUAAAAGCAUUUUCAAAAGUAGUGGUAAUAGCUCAUGUGAGUUUAAUAUAAAAAAAGAGAUAAAUAAACAUUUCUUUUAGUUCA